AUGGCUAGCGCUUCUGCCAGUAGCCCUCAAAAGGAGGUACCGGCUAGCGACAAUAUCGACACCACUCCGCAGGUUGCGAUCGCCCCAAGCCCGCUUUAUACCAGCGCUUGUUUCGAACCCACAGUCCCUCACACAAACCCGGCGGUAGUUGGGAAUCACAACGCAUCUUCAACCAUUACCUCAGUCUUGCAAAUAGGUGAUAUCUCUUCAUCAACCACUCGGGCCUCUUCUGCUGGCAUCCGCAAGACUUCCAAAACCACCACCAACACCCGCAUCUUUUCCAAGCUUCAUCGCCACACAACCGCCCAGCGUUAUAUCCUACGCAGGCUAGCCGGCGACAUCAAAGGUGACAUACCUUUGGAGCAGGGGAAUCAAAGGCCAACAGGGAGCGCGGGACCUUUCGCUGUCAAAUCCCACCAGUUGUCACAUUCACACCAUUCUCACUGCCCGCAGCAACCGGACCAGCCGCAUCCGCAACAGCAGGAGCGGCGAGAGGAAAUGGCGGACAUCACGAACAACGCACCCAAGAGGUUCACCGGCAGUGGGAUUGUGCAAGCGGCACUGAAGAAUGCUAUUCUGCUGGCUGCAAAGAAUCCCCCGCCCGCCAAAGAAGGCGACACGCAUGGGACGAUGGAGCUGGAAACGAGAAAGAGGUCGAACAAAGGGGGCUCAGGUGGCCAUGGUAGUGUUCGUGGAAGUCAAAGAAACCAAAAGGGCGUGAAAGUUGGGAAUUCGGGUUCGAAUCAGGCGCAGGAACGACUCCAGCAAAAUCGGGCUAAGAUUCCCACCUCCCAGGCUCUCGAUCGGGUCAAGGGGGCUUCGGUGGCAAAAUCGUCGAAGAAAUCGCAGAACCAUCGCAUUACUGCUAGCAGAAAGAGUGUAAGAGGAAAGGGGUCGAAGUUAAAUCCGGACCUCAAGCGGAGUUUGGAGAAGGAGAUGGGUACGGGAGGUUCUCAGGGAAGAGGCGAGGGUUCCGCGGCUCUGCUCCCGGCCCCAAUUUUGGAGCGGACUGAUACGUCCAAUGAUGGUGAGGGUAAACGGGUUGGAAAGGCUGGAGCGGUUUCGCCGGUUAGCUACUACAGUGGCUUGCCGAACCCCAACUCCCGCCAUGCCCAGCAUCACGUCUCCGACGAUGAAGAGGAGGACGGCAACCCCGGUUACGAUGGCUGCCGCCAUCGCCACCGUAAUCGCCUUCUCAACCAGCCCGAUAUCCACCAAUAUCAUCAACAAGCCGGUCCCAACCAUCACAGCCUCGACUCUAGCUCACUCCCUAACGCUCAAAAUCCCCAUCAUCACCGCCACCACGACCCCUCAGACCCCAACCAUACCUACUACGACCCUUACGAUCCCAGCAAUACCAAUAACAACAACAAGACCAGCAGCAGCCCCUCCUCUCAAGACGACGACGACAACGAUAACCCCCUCCACACAGGCUACACCCCCCGCUCAACCCCACCACCCCUCAACAACAAAUACACCACCCAAAUCCGCCUCCCCCCGCACCGAACCCGUCACAUGAUCCGUGCCGCGUUACGAUUGGGUCUCAACACCGGUACGCUUAUUCGACCGCCGCGGCCGUCAAAGCCGUCCUCGUCAAGAUCGUCGAGAGGUAGCGGCUUGCAGAACAAGAGCAACUCUGCGGCUAAACCAGGCCUGCGCGAGUACACGGCGGGUUUGUGGGUGGAUAAUAGGCGGGAUAGUAUAAUGAAGGGGAUUCCGCCGCUGUUGGUGCCUGUAACUUAUUGCGGGGAUGGAAAUGGGAAGGGGAGUGGGAGUGGGAGUGGGAGUGGGUUUGCGGUGGACGGUGGGAGGGGGUAUACAGUUUGGGAUGAGGAUGAUGAGGAUGAUCGUUAUGGUGGGUAUGGCUUUGCGGAGGAAGGGUUUUAG